AUGUCAGCUCCAGUUCAUACCAGAUCUGUACCUGGAAAUGGGAACUCUGUUACAAACAGCAAAUUCAACCACCUAGAAGCAUCUCUUGGUGCAUCAGAGUCUCUGUCCUUCCCCAUGAACUCCAUAGGGUCCGGCAGUACAACAGGUUGUCCACUUAAGAAAAUUGCGACCCCCGUUGCAUCCCAUGCUGUUCCUUUGACUUCUCCACCAGACAUGAGUUUUACUGUGCAUAUCAACCCACAGUCCAGUAUCAUGAACAAUGCUGGCACCUCUGAAGAUACCAAGCCUUUGCCAAAUUUCCAACAGAUGGGAUCCUUGAAUUAUUCAUCCCCAAGUCCAGGAUCCCUGACAAAGCAUGUCUGCGCAAUUUGUGGAGACAGAUCAUCAGGGAAGCACUAUGGGGUAUACAGUUGUGAAGGCUGCAAAGGAUUCUUUAAGCGGACAGUAAGAAAGGACCUUGUCUACAUAUGUCGAGAUAAUAAAGACUGUCUGAUCGACAAGCGUCAGCGAAACCGUUGCCAGUAUUGCCGUUAUCAGAAAUGUCUAGCAACAGGCAUGAAAAGAGAAGCGGUUCAAGAAGAGAGGCAGAGAAGCAGAGAGCGGAGUGAGAAUGAAGUAGAAUCUACAAGCAGCAAUGGUGGAAGUCUUGAAGAUAUGCCUGUGGAAAGAAUUUUAGAAGCUGAAAUGGCAGUUGAACCAAAGUCUGAGUCAUAUGGUGAUGUGAGUGCAGAAACCUCGACCAAUGAUCCUGUCACCAAUAUUUGCCAUGCAGCUGAUAAACAGCUUUUCACAUUGGUUGAAUGGGCCAAGCGGAUUCCACACUUCUCAGACCUGACAUUAGAAGAUCAAGUUAUCCUCCUCCGAGCAGGUUGGAAUGAACUGCUGAUUGCCUCUUUUUCUCAUCGCUCUGUUUCUGUGCAGGAUGGUAUCUUACUGGCCACCGGCUUACACGUGCACCGGAGCAGUGCACACAGUGCUGGGGUGGGUUCCAUAUUUGACAGGGUUCUUACUGAGUUAGUAUCCAAAAUGAAAGACAUGCAGAUGGACAAAUCUGAACUGGGGUGUCUGCGAGCCAUUGUCUUGUUCAAUCCAGAUGCCAAAGGCCUGUCCAGUCCUGCAGAGGUGGAAUUGCUACGUGAGAAAGUUUAUGCUACUCUGGAGGCAUACACAAAACAGAAGUACCCUGAGCAACCUGGAAG